AAUCUGUAUUCUUUUCUUGAAGAAUUGAAAAAAGCACCCAACAUUGUCCUAUAUAUAUACCCCAUUUGUCACUGCAUCAUCACCCAUAUUACAAAAUUCCAAAUUGCCCAUUUCCCACAAUGAAGUUAUGGAGAAGUCCCGUGAGCUAUCAGGUUAUAAAAACAGUGUUAGUAGUUGUUUUGGUGAGUUUAUUGAGAGGAGGUGAGAGCAGAAAAACAAGGAUUUUGGAGUCCUUUGAGUACAGUGCCUUGAAUUGCAGAGCACACACAGCUUCAUUAACAGAGUUCGGAGGAGUUGGAGAUGGAAAAACGUCAAAUACAAAGGCAUUUCAGACAGCGGUUGAUAAGCUAAGCCAUUAUGCAUCGGACGGUGGAGCUCAGCUCUUUGUUCCUGCUGGAAAAUGGUUGACUGGUAGUUUCAGUCUUACCAGUCAUUUCACUCUUUAUCUCCAUAAAGAUGCUGUUCUUCUUGCUUCUCAGGAUAUAAACGAGUGGCCAGUGCUCAAACCUUUGCCAUCGUACGGUCGAGGAAGAGAUGCAGCAGCUGGACGGUUUACGAGUCUCAUAUUUGGAACAAAUCUCACCGAUGUAAUUAUCACUGGGGACAACGCUACAAUUGAUGGACAGGGUGAAUUUUGGUGGCAACAAUUCCACAAGAAAAAGCUAAAAUAUACCCGACCUUACCUAAUUGAGAUCAUGUUCUCUGAUCAAAUCCAAAUUUCAAAUCUAACGCUCCUCAAUUCCCCAUCUUGGAAUGUUCAUCCGGUUUACAGCAGUAAUAUUAUCAUACAAGGCAUCACCAUCAUUGCUCCAGUUACAUCACCAAACACAGAUGGCAUCAACCCAGAUUCUUGCACAAAUACUAGAAUUGAAGAUUGUAACAUAGUAUCUGGGGAUGAUUGUGUGGCCGUUAAGAGCGGUUGGGAUGAGUAUGGCAUAGCAUUUGGCUGGCCCACAAAACAACUCAUCAUCAGACGGCUCACGUGCAUUUCUCCAUUCAGUGCUGUGAUCGCAUUGGGCAGUGAGAUGUCAGGUGGGAUCCAAGAUGUCAGAGCUGAAGACAUCGUGGCCAUCCAUACAGAAUCAGGGGUCAGGAUCAAAACUGCUGUAGGGAGAGGUGGCUUUGUGAAAGACAUAUACGUAAAGAAGAUGACCAUGCACACCAUGAAAUGGGCAUUUUGGAUGACCGGUAACUACGGCUCACAUGCCGAUACUCAUUGGGAUCCGCAUGCAUUGCCGGAGAUUAAAGGGAUCAACUACCGGGAUAUGGUGGCGGAGAAUGUCACCAUGGCAGCGAGGUUAGAAGGCAUUGCUAACGAUCCAUUUACAGGGAUAUGCAUCUCAAAUGUAACUAUAGGAAUGGCAGCAAAGGCAAAGAAGCAACCGUGGACUUGUGCCGACGUGGCGGGGAUCACGAGCGGCGUCACUCCUCGCCCUUGUGAACUAUUGCCGGAUCAACAGAAAGCUACGAGCUGCGAGUUUCCUGAAGAUAAUCUACCAAUUGAUCUGGUUGAGCUCAAAAAGUGUAGCUAUAGGAUGAGUUACAUGUAGUAGUUUCCAAGAUAUGUACCAAAAGCUAGUUUUUACCAUUUCCACCAAAAAUCAAAUGCAAGUUCUCAACACUGGGAUUUGAAAUGAUAUAUAAACUCUUUCUCA